AAUGAGUGGGUAUUUUGAUUCGGUUGACUUAGAAUUAUUUUAAUAGAGAGGUGUUGCUUCACAGUUUAUUCAAAUCAGCUUUAUUAGUUUUGUCGCCGUUGGAAACACGACGUACAGAAAUAACUUUUUUUUUAUAUUUCCGUGCAACCAUAUUAAUUUAUCUACAUAUUUUGACCUCUUUAUCUCUCGAGAUUCUGUCCACUAUCAGAUGUUUUGUUUGAACAACUAUAGUUUUAUUAGGUCAGUCUUUCAUUGAACGUACUGAAAUCGCAAUGGAGUCAACACGAAAGAAAAAUAAUGUAUCUAAGGAAAAAGACUUCAUUGAGCGAAAUUCGCUACUGACUGAUUUAUUCGAGGAUAAACACAUUCGUACUGUAUACAACAUGUUUCUUGCAAUUUUCAUAGGACUAUUUUUCAAUACGGUGACCUACGAUUACAUUAAACGAGGAGAGAUCAAUCUUGGAGUACGACUUAUAAAAAUCGGCUUUGGAAAAAUCCACAUAGUUAUAAUAACCUGGCUUUCUUAUAUUCUCUCCUCCUGCUUAGUUUUCUGUUGUUUCAAUAUUUGGGCCAAAUUUAGAACUUUCCGAAACAAACAACACACAAAAAUAUGGGACCGGUGCUACCUCACUCUCUUAGUAUUGUAUUACGUGGGCAGUUUCAAACUAGCCGAAAACACAGUCACCACUUUUAAAUUACCCAUAUGUUCUGCAGCCAUCGUCGUAGUCGAACAAGUUCGACUUUUAAUGAAAAUCCACUCUUUCGUCAGAACUAAAACCCCUCACAUAAUCAACACCAAACGAACCGACGACAAACACACUCCUCCCACUUUUUCCAACUUCUUAUACUUCCUCUUCAUCCCCACUCUCCUCUACCGAGAUUCCUACCCCCGCAAAGACAAAAUCGACUGGACUUUUGCCGCCUUCAAGCUCCUGGAAUUCGUAGGAGCCAUUUUUUUCCUCAGUUUUGUGACCGAGCGCUACCUCAACCCCUCCCUUCAAGACUUCGGUCUUCGCGAGUACCAACUCAAAGAACUCAUUUUAAUUUUGUUCGAAAACACCAUUACCGGAAUCUUCAUUUUGAUGCUAAUGUUCUUCAUAGUUCUACAUUCGUGCCAAAAUUUCUUUGGCGAAAUCACCAAAUUCGGGGAUAGGAUGUUCUACAGCGACUGGUGGACCUGCACGAGUUAUGGCGGCUAUUUUCGAAAGUGGAAUAUCGUCGUCCAGGAUUGGUUGUACGUUUAUAUUUAUAAAGAGUUUAUGGAGAGUUUUGGUACGAGUGCGGCUGUGGCCAAAUUCGGUGUUAUUGUGAUUUCGGCUCUUGUUCACGAGUGGUGUCUUACGCACGCCUUCGGUUUCUUCUUUCCUUUGUUGUUUGUGGAGUUCGUGGUACUCGGGUCGAUUUUGGGGAACGUCGGGGGUUAUAAAAAUAUCGUUUUCAAUGUAAUAUUUUGGUAUUCUUUGGCGAUUGGUAUGAGUAGUUUGUGCACUUUUUAUACCAUAGAGUACUACGCUAGGAAUAACGCCCCUAUUAAAAACCCGACCUUUUUAGAGUCGCGUUUUUCAGUAUAUCUGCGCACUCUGCGUACAGAUCGUCGUACUUCACGUCGAGAAAGAGUUCGUGCAGCAUCCGACGCGGAGAGAGGCGGUAAGUGCACUCUGAGAGCAACUUGCACACCUCGGAGAAGAGACAAGGGUCCUGGAAGACCUGGGGGCUGCCCUGCUUGCACUGGAGCAGCGACUGCUUGACUUGCUUGCACCAGACGGGGUUCGAGAACUGGU